CCUUCCUCUCGUUUAUCGUCCUCGUUCUCCCUUGUUCUUCAUUAUAAAAUUUCCUCCCUCCAAUAAUCAUAGAAUAAAAAGAAGAUAAACACCGAGGUAAGCGUAAAGAGGAACGAAGGAGGGAGAAGGAGGGGCAGGCAGGUGAGAGAGCAAGGCGGGAAGACUGACCCAAGCUGCCGUCGCCAAGGGCACGCCGAUAAGGACUCGCGGUCGCGACUCUAUAUAUUGACCGUCACUCCGUCCCGUCUGCCACACUCCUGCGACACACGGACGGACGCAUUAUAGACAAUCCUCCUGACAUACAGGAGGAUUCAGAUAUAUCAGAAAUUAAAUAGCUAUAAAAGUAACAUUAGAUACAAACUAAAAUUAUCAAAUACAUACUUCAGUAUCAAAAACCAAAUCAGAAAAAAAAUAUACAACCGUAAACUACCCACUGGGUCAUUUUACAUACAAGCACUGCCCACUGACCUUGAAUAACCGCAAAUCUUUCGAAGUGUGCCAUGGAGCACUUACCUUGGCCUCCUCCCACAAGUGGCACUGAUGCAGAAAAUUGAAAUCGGGUUCAACUUACCCUGUGCCGUUAUUUGAGAAUGAUUUGAUGAUUGAGGCGCCGAGUAGAGAACCCUCCGCCGCUGCGUCUCUGCCCAUCCCCGCCGCCGCGAGCGCCGCCCAGCUGUCGCCGCCAUGUCCUCCUCGUGCGUCCCCCCCAAGAACUGCGUCGUCCACGACCCCGACCCCGGCAGCCACGACAACGACGACGCCCGCAGCGAGUGCGGCUCCCUCUGCACGUGCACGUCGAGCAGCAUGACCUCCAUCGCCACCUCCGUCAGCAGAGAUCCGCGAGGGUCCUCGGUGUCCCUCGCCAGCCCGGCCGUGUCCUCGGCGCCCAACGGCACCCCGGCGUCCCCGCAGGCCCAGGAGACCAGCGACAACCCCUUCAUCGUAGUGUUCGUCCCCUCGCAGAUGCUCUCGGGGCGCCGCGGCUGCGGCACCUGCGGGACCUGCUACGGGGAAGCGGCGAUGAUGACGGCGCUGCGGGUGAUCCUCCGGACGGCGUGUGAGUUCUGCCCGUGGGUGGCCGGCUUCGUGGUCAUCUACUACACCUUCUACUGGUGGGGCCUCGGCUCUGGCUUCUCCGCCUUCCUCCUCAUGAUGGGGACGCACGCGCUCAUCCGCUUCGCCAGAGCUCGAAGCACCUCCAAGUGCUUGUUCAAGUGCUCUCGCCGGGGCAACGCCGACGCCCCCAACGCGGAGGAGGAGGGGAACGGGGAGGAAGGAAGCGGCCAGGAGGAGCAGACAGAAGAGACAGAGAGACCCCCAGACAUCGCUUUGGAGGAACCACCGUCUUACGAAGCAGCAGUGGUGAAACCACCGCCUUAUGACUUGUACCACCACCUCACGCCGACUCAGCCCCGCAGCGCACUGCAAGCACCACCAAUCACGGAGAAAAAACUGCAAAAGUCACAGUUCCUGGGAUUGCCCAAUUUGCAACAGCCCCCCAGUGUCACCGAUGACGAAGACGACGAUGUCUUUCUGCCAUCUUACCAGGAAGCCGUCAGACUCUCCUUCAAAAGUGAAAAAAAGUCUGAGGGUUAGGAUUCGCCCUUGGAAAGGAGCCCCACGAAACUGGUGGUACAUCAUCAAGCGUGGAGUCGACGCACCGGCUCGGCGCUCGUGGGAGAGGCAGAGAAGGGAACGCCUCCGCAGAGAUACGUCGUCACAGGCAUGCCUGCCGAGUUCCUUCGUGGUUCUACUCGUCUUCUACAGGCCGUCGAAGGGCGUCGUGACGACAGGCCUUUAUAGGCUAAGUCUCAGCGAGCCUUACUAGCAAGGGGGAGUCCGUCUCCACUGUAAACAGUGAAUAAUUAUAGUACUGAACGCUUAAGAAAGAAAUCAGGGACGCAGAUGGAAGUUUGGCUAAUACGGUAGUGGAGUAACUGUAACAUUAAUACCAUUAGCCCAGCGAUCUUAACCACCCUAUUUCGUCUCACACUCUUGGAGACCAACUUGAGCUCGGGUGUCUUCCGAGGUGUAAGUCACAAAUACACCGGAUAAGCUCAUUCCAGGAGCAUUUAUCCGGGUAUUAAAGGCACUCCGAUAUAACUCAUCCAACACACCUAAACGGACUAAAUACCUUUGUUAUAGUUAAACGUGACAAAGAGUAAGGUAGUAUGUUCUAGGUCGUUGGUCGAAGGGGGAUUUACAAUUAGUCAAUAUAAUUACGGUAAAAUCAUAUGGGUGUCGUUAAUCCAGUAGAUUAUUAGAUAUUUAUUUAUAACUAUUUCUCAUUUUUCUCGUUCUCGCUCACUGUCUCUAAUCUUCACAUGCGUGUCUUCUCACCAGAAGGCAUAUAUUCACAUGCCAUUCUUCGUUGUUCAUUUCGCGAGUCAUGGAGGGCAUUGUCCAAUAUCAUGUUCUCUUUUUUUAUCGAGUCACUAUUAAUUAUGUCUUGGUGUGUUUUCUAGAUAUUUUUUACAUCAUGAAAUAUAUUUAUUGGACUUAAAUACAAAUACAAAAGGCCAGUAUAUAAGAACCUUUUCUGCCGUUUGUGGCGAAGAAAUACGUUCUUCCAUUUGUACCGAAACGUUGAAUAAAUCUUGUUUAGGUA